AUUGCUUUCUUGUUGGAACUAUGCUAUGUCUGAGCUGUUUUCUUUGAGCUAUUCUAUAGGUUGAGGUUUUUCUGUCCAGACUUGUCGAACUAGUUUCAUUUCAACUACUUGUAAUUUGUUUCCUUAUUUCUUCUAGCUGUAGAACUUUAAUAUAUCUAGAGAUGAUAGUUGAUUAGAAAGACAAGUUCAGUGGGCGCAUGCUUCCAAGAUCAUAGUUUUUCUCCUGUAGAUGAUGUAUCGAGCAAGAGGAUUUGGCAGCCGAAGCCGACGUUUGAAACCAUGGAUGGUGGCCCUUCUCAUUGUGCUAUUGCUGAUUGUGGUGGCAGUGGCCAUCGGUCUUCUAGCUCACUUCUUAGUUCCCGGCCAGAGAAUGGAGUAUUAUCAUGGUACCUUUAAAAUUUUAGAUCUACGAAUCAAUAGUGAUUCCAGACAAAAUGGCAAAUAUCAACUUAAGGACUUAAAAGAAAUGAGUGAAAAUUUGGUGGAUGACACAUUUAUAGAUUCAGCCUUGAACGAGCAUUAUAUCAAGAAUCGAGUAGUCAGACUGACUCCAGAGGAAGAUGGUGUGAAAGCAGAUGUCAUUAUGGUGUUCCAGUUCCCCUCUGCUGAGCAAAGGGCAGUAAGGAAGAAGAAAAUCCACAGCAUCUUAAACCAGAAGAUAAGGAACACAAGAGCCUUGUCAAUAAAUGCCUCAUCAGUCCAAGUUGAUGCAAUGAGCUCAUCAACAGGGAAGUUAACUGUCCAAGCAUGUUGUGGUAAACGAGUUGUUCCAUUAAUUGCCAACAGGAUAAUGUCUGGAGACAUUGCGGCCAAGGCUGCCUGGCCGUGGCAAGCUUCCCUUCAGCGUUUUAAUGUCCAUCAGUGUGGGGCCACUUUGAUUAGUAAUACAUGGCUCGUCACUGCAGCACACUGCUUUAAGAAUAGUGCAAAUCCACGUCAAUGGACUGUUAGCUUUGGAACAACCAUCGAUCCUCCUUUGAUGAAAAGAAAUGUCAGAAGAAUUAUUGUUCAUGAAAGGUAUCACUCCCCAGCAAGAGAGUAUGACAUUGCUGUUGUGCAGUUUUCUCCCAGAGUUGCCUUCACUGAUGACAUUCGCCGGGUUUGUUUGCCAGAAGCUUCUGCAUCCUUCCCACCAAAUUCAACUGUCUAUAUCACAGGAUUUGGAGCGCUUUACUACGGUGGGGAAUCUCAAAAUGAUCUCCGAGAAGCCAGACUCAAGAUCAUAAGCGAUGAUGUAUGCAAGCAACCACAAGUAUAUGGCAGCGACAUAAAGUUUGGGAUGUUUUGUGCAGGAUAUCUGGAAGGCAUUUAUGAUGCCUGCAGGGGUGAUUCUGGGGGGCCUUUGGUCAUAAAGGAUGUUAAAGAUACCUGGUAUCUCAUUGGAAUUGUGAGCUGGGGAGAUAACUGUGGUCAAAGGAACAAACCUGGUGUCUACACAAUGGUGGCGUAUUACCGACACUGGAUUGCUUCAAAAACAGGCCUCUAAGUCACUAUGCAAGUUAGACACGGAGAGCUGUCUGCAGGCCAGGCCUGUGUGAGAGUCCAAGCACUCAGGGGAUGUAGUUUAAUGGAGUGAGAUUAAUGACUGGAUCUAGUGACACAAGGCACAUGACAUGAUUUAUUUUAGAAUCACUUUAAUCAACCAAGAACCCAUAGCUAGUUCAUAAAGGAUUUAAAUUCGUAAAGUAGUGGGUCAGUUAGCCUGAUCUGAAAAACACAGCAGAUACUGAGCUCUUUAAAUCAUGCAAGCAGGAGUAUAAAAGAGGAGCAAUGCAACUUUUUGUGGAUUAUCCAUGAGGCUUGUCCAGGCUGUCACCUUAGGUGAGUAACAUUUUAAACUCUCAGGAGUUCAGAAACCUUUAUUCAGGAGUAGACAAAAGUGGAUUUACAGUUAUGAGUACAGGAAACACAGAGUUUAUUAUUAUUUAUUGUUAUAUUAUUUUUACAUACAAACAACUGGAAGCCUACCUUUGCCCACCCCUAUAUAAUUUCCAGAGCUCACAAAUACUUUUUUCUCAUUAUUCCAGGUUUUCCAAAGAGAUUUUCCACUGUAAGAAAAUUAAUUUUUUACUUACAGUGUCAUUGGUGGGUCCUUAAAAAAGGAAAUUAUAUCUGGGAGAAAAAAAUAUUGUGAUAAAUUAAGUCAGAGAUCUUCUAAACUUUUUCUUUCAGUUCUAACCUAACUUAUUUUUGGUGAUUUUUUAAACACACACACACACACACACACACACACACACACACAGAUAUCCCCACCCUGCAGAUACACUCAAAAAAAGCCUGAGUAAUGAAUGAGUAUAUAAAUUAACUAACUUGUCAAAAAUGUAUUUUUGUUGCAAACAAUUUUGGAGAAGGUGAUAGUAACUUCAUGGGCAAUUCCUAAACAGAGGCCAAAAUUUUGACAUUUUAUAGAUGCAUUCACAUGUUUGGACCAACAGGAGUUGACUUGGUAUAUUAUUAAAGGUGAAAUGCCUAGAAAAACAAUGAGAAUUUGCCAGUACGUUGAAGAAUCAAAGAGCAAUGUCCUUCUAGAUAAAAAAGUUUCUUUGUAUCGCUGCAGCUGAUUACUCCCUAAAGCUCGUGGCAGUAGGCUGACUACUGCAACCUUGAAACCCUAGUUAAAAAAUGUUGAAUAAAUAUAACUUUUGAGGGCCUACCACCCAAAACACCUGAACAAAGUGACCUGAAAGAAUGCCUAUUCCUCCUAAACAAAGUGUGCUGUGAAGACAUUAGCACAGUCAGGCACACAUGCUCCGUGAUGCAAUUAAAUGAAGGUUUUGUGGACACUUGCUGUGCAUGACAACGCCAGCCAAACUUUCAGCUCUGCAGGUGGGGUGUCAGUCAUUCGUGCAGUCCACAUAAGCCAAAGCACUGGAAAAUUGAGUUAAUUUAUAACAAUUUCCCCUCGUGUGCUAUUGAGAAGGCAUAAAUAUAACCCUAAAAUAAUGGAAAGGAAAUUUACAAUUUACACACACACACAAAUAAUUGACCUAUAACGUAGACCCAUAGAAGUUUAAAAUUUAGAAAAGAUUGUGCAAGUCAUGCAGGCCAACACAUGUGUCGGAGAACUGAAGCCAGGAAGCACAAAUGACUUAGUAAAAGUAGCCUGUAUCCUCCAGGGGCUGCAGACCCAGGUACCAACUUUACAUGUCCUUUUCCUUACAAAGUAUCUUUCUGAUUGCCUAUAUUUACUGAACCAUCAGAUCUAUAAAAAUUACAGCAAGUGCUAUUAUUGAUUCUGUUUUAAAUUUGGGUACUCUUAAGAAAAUAAUUUUAAAUAAUGGAAUUCACUUAAGCAGCUUGUUGUCGAUUCUCUGAACUCACUUCAAGACAAAAUUGCUUCUUUAUGUAUACAUAAAAAUAUACACAGCCUUACAAAUUAAUCUAUAUUUUGGUGGUAUAUAAUUCUGACUUUUAAUGUUAAGGUUCAAAAUGAUCUUAGAGUUAUAAACUUUGUAAGCUUUGGUGCAGCAUUUCAUUCUGGGUCACAUGUGAGCAAAUACUGAUAUCUCAUUUUAAAUUGAAUAAUAAAGUCAGUGGUCAGAGCAUCCUAUAAAGAAUAUCACUGAGUCGGUGUUAGACCACAGCAUGAAUCUUUCUUUCAACAGCUCUUAAGGAUUGCAUUUCUUUUAAUAACAAGUUGGGGUCACUCUGAAGCAUUUGUCAGUCUUGGUGGUUUUGACAUUUUGGCCUGGAUAACUGUUCAGAAGGGCUGUCCCAUGCAGUGUAGAAUAUUUAGCAACCCCCUGACCUCUGCCUACUAGAUGUCUAUAACACACUCCCCCCCCCAAAACCGUGAUAACCCAAAAUAUCUCCAUACAUUGGGAAAUGUCCUCUAAGGAGUAAGCCUGUCUCCUAUUGAGAACUACUGUUUGUAUUUGAUUUUUUUCAGAAAUUCAAUAGAUACCUCUAAUUUUGAUAUUGAUUAUUCAAAAACUAUAGUCUCCUAAUCAAAGUGAUCAUUCAUUAUCAUGUUCCUAAAUAAAAUAGCAACUACACCCCUUGGUAUACACCCAAAUGAGUUGAAAACUUAUUUCUAUACAAAGACAUGCACACAAAUGUUUAUAGCAGCUUUAUUCAUAUAUUUCUAAAACUAGAAAGCAACCAAUAUGUCCUUCAGGAGGCAAAUGACUAAAUAAACUGGUUCAUCCAGACAUUAGGAUAUUACUCAGUAAUUAAAAAUAAAAGUUAUCAAGGUACAAAAAGACAUAGCUCAAACUUGCAUGCAUAUUACUAACUGAAAGAAGUCAAUCUGAAAAAGCUACAAUCUGAAAAAGCUACAUACUGUUGGAAUCAUACUGUAUGAUUCCAACCACAUGACAUUCUGGAAAAGGCAAAACUAUGAAAACUGUAAAAGAUCAGUGAUUAUCAGGGACUGUGAGCAAGAGAGGGAUGAAUAGAUGGAGCAGAAAGUAUUGUCAGGUAGUAAACCACUCUAUAUGAUACAACAAUGGUCAUCAAAACUCAUAGAAUGUCAAUACCAAUAGUCAAUCCUAAUAUAAACUUUGGACAUUAGGUUAUAAUGAUGUGUCAGUAUAGGUCCAUCAAUUGU